AUGGGUGGAGUUGUGAAUCAAAUGAAGAUGUAUGGUGAUCCAAUCUCUCAUCAAACUAUUGUGGCAAAGGUGUUGCGAAGUUUAACAACUCAGUUUGAUCAUGUUGUUGCCACCAUUGAGGAGUCAAAGGAUCUAACAACACUUACUCUUGAUGAGCUUAGUGGCUCUCUUCAAGCAUAUGAAGUGACACAUAUUCAAGCAGAGGAUGAGGAAGAGGAAAGAACAUGUUUGGAGGAAGAUAUCUCGGAAGAGGGAGAGGAAGGAAUAUUGAGCAUAGAAUUCAACCCAAUGAUCAAAGGCUUUACAAGGGAAACAUGCAAUGCUUCCACUGUGAAAGGUAUGGCAUAUGAAGGCAGACUAGGCUGCUCCAACCAUAUGACGAGGAUGAAAGAUUUGUUCACAAACCUAGAUGAAACAGAGAAGAUGAGGAUGAAUUUAGGAGAUGACAAGGAGACUCAAGUGACUGAAAAAGGGACAGUGGCACUCAAAGUCUCUUCUAUCAAUGUGAGGUUUUUAAAUGAUGUACAAUAUGUCCCUACUUUGGCCCAUAACUUGCUUAGUGUUGGGCAACUACUCUCUUCGGGCUAUAAUGUCACAUUUCAAGAUGAAGAAUGUAGAAUCAAAGCUCCAAAAACAGGGAAAGAUAUGACUAGAAUUUAG